CGGAUUCUAACUUGUAAGCCCAGUUUCCGCUUUUUUUUUAGCCCAGCCGCUAAUUCUCUCGUCUCUGUUCACUGAGCAAGCGAGCAUCACCUUCGCUUCAUUGUUCCCGUAACCCCGUUUCGCUCGCUUUCCAAAAUCUGAUACGUUCUUCGUUUCGACAUUCAAGUCUUUCUUCACUCUAAAUCCAAUAAUGGGCUCUGAUGCCGACAUGGAAGAUUACGGGUUCGAAUACUCCGACGAGGAACCGGAGGAACAGGAUGUCGAUAUUGAGAACCAAUACUACAACUCCAAAGGUCUGGUCGAAUCUGAUCCAGAAGCUGCACUUGAGGGGUUUGCUGAAGUAGUUAGGAUGGAACCCGAGAAAGCUGACUGGGGAUUUAAAGCUUUAAAGCAAACUGUUAAACUGUACUAUAAGCUGGGGAAAUAUAAAGAAAUGAUGGAUGCUUAUAGAGAAAUGCUGACCUAUAUUAAAUCAGCGGUGACGCGAAAUUACAGUGAGAAGUGCAUUAACAAUAUAAUGGAUUUUGUCUCUGGAUCAGCGAGUCAGAACUUCAGCUUACUUCAAGAGUUUUACCAAACUACACUUAAGGCUCUUGAAGAAUCUAAGAAUGAGAGGUUGUGGUUCAAGACAAAUCUAAAGCUUUGCAAGAUUUGGUUUGACAUGGGUGAAUAUGGUCGAAUGAGCAAGAUUUUGAAAGAGCUUCACAAAUCUUGUCAAAAAGAAGAUGGCUCAGAUGACCAAAAGAAAGGAACACACCUGCUGGAGGUAUAUGCAAUUGAGAUCCAAAUGUAUACCGAGACUAAGAACAACAAAAAGCUUAAGGAAUUAUAUCACAGAGCACUCUCUAUCAAGUCAGCAAUCCCUCACCCGCGAAUUAUGGGAAUCAUUCGUGAAUGUGGAGGUAAGAUGCAUAUGGCUGAGAGGCAAUGGGCAGAUGCAGCUACCGACUUCUUUGAAGCUUUUAAAAACUAUGAUGAAGCUGGAAACCAGCGGCGUAUCCAAUGUCUAAAAUACUUGGUUUUGGCUAAUAUGCUGAUGCAAUCUGAGGUCAACCCUUUUGAUGGGCAAGAAGCAAAACCAUAUAAAAAUGAUCCUGAGAUUUUGGCAAUGACAAACUUGAUUGCGGCGUAUCAACGAAAUGAGAUUCUGGAGUUUGAAAAAAUUCUCAAGAGUAAUAGAAGGACAAUAAUGGAUGAUCCCUUCAUAAGAAAUUACAUUGAAGAUCUUUUGAGGAAUGUGAGGACUCAAGUGUUGCUCAAACUCAUCAAGCCAUACACAAGAAUUCGGAUCCCUUUCAUAUCCAAGGAACUUAAUGUACCUGAAAAGGAUGUGGAGGAGUUGUUGGUGUCACUAAUAUUGGACAAUCGUAUACAAGGGCACAUUGACCAGGUCAACCGACUCCUUGAACGCGGUGACAUGUCAAAGGGAAUGAAGAAAUACACUGCAGUUGACAAGUGGAACACACAGCUCAGAUCCCUCUAUCAGACUGUUAGUAACAGAGUGUGCUGACUGCUGACUUUCUCUAGAAAAGGCCCAUCUUCUUGGACAAACAUUAUGGCUAUAUCUUUUUUCUUUUGAAUACAAGAGGAAUAUAUGUUUUUUGCACUGAUGAUGUUUAUGCACAGUAGAAAAUGUUUAUGGACUGUAGAAAUUAGUUGUGUCUGGUCUGAGGAAUUAGUAUAUUUGACUGAUUAUUAAAUAAUGAUUUUCACUGUAUCUGAUAUUUAUUUUUGUUGAGUAUAUAAUCUACAUGCAUCGUAGAAUCAUAGAUCA